GGCCCAAAGUUCGCCCCGCGCCCGUGGCCGCCAGCCCGGGCCGCCAGUGCCCCGCGCGCCGCGCCCCCAGCCCCGCGGCAUGCAGCGAGCGCGGGCGGGCGGCGGCCUCUUUCCCCGCGGCCUCCGGAGCCGCUCGGAGGCGCCGGUGAAGCUGCGCCGGAGGAAGUCGGCCCUGUACCUGGGCGCCGGGGGCCCGGCGCGCGGCGGGGAUCUUCUGGGGGAGAGCGUUUACCUGGUCCUGUUCACGGUAGCCUUCCGAGUAUGUAACUGCUUUCUGGUGCGGACCAGUUUUGUUCCGGAUGAGUACUGGCAGUCUCUGGAAGUGGCCCAUCACAUGGUCUUCAAUUAUGGCUAUUUGACCUGGGAGUGGACCGAAAGACUGAGGGGCUAUACUUACCCUCUAAUCUUUGCAAGCAUGUAUAAGAUUCUGCAUCUUUUGGGGAAAGAUAGUGUUCAGUUGCUGAUUUGGAUUCCGAGACUCACACAGGCAGUUCUGUCCGCUGUAGCAGACGUGAGACUCUACUCGUUAGUGAAGCAGCUGGAGAGCCCGCCAGUGGCCAGAUGGGUGUUUUUUUGCCAGCUGUGCUCCUGGUUCACGUGGUACUGCUGUACCAGAACUCUCACCAACACCAUGGAGACUGUCCUCACCAUCAUCGCCCUUUUCUACUAUCCUCUGGAAGGUUCAAAGUCUAUCAGCAGUGUCAAGUACUCGUCCCUGGUGGCGCUUGCGUUCCUGAUCCGCCCCACCGCUCUCAUUCCGUGGGUGCCUCUGCUUCUCCGACACUUCUGGCAAGAACAGAGGAAGCUUGACCUUAUGCUGCACCGGUUCUUACCUGUAGGAUGUGUCGCUUUGAGUUUGUCUCUGAUAAUCGAUCGUAUUUUUUUUGGUCAAUGGACCCUGGUUCAGUUUAAUUUCUUGAAAUUUAAUGUGCUACAGAACGCCGGUGCCUUCUACGGCGCUCACCCCUGGCACUGGUACCUCAGCCAAGGGCUGCCCGCCGUCCUGGGCACUCACCUGCCCUUCUUCAUCCAUGGCUGCCUCCUAGCCCCCAGGAGGCAUCAGAUGCUCUUGGUCCCUGUCGUGUGGACGCUGCUGGUUUAUAGCAUGUUGAGUCACAAAGAAUUCAGGUUUAUCUAUCCAGUUCUACCAUUCUGUAUGGUGUUCUGUGGGUACUCCCUAAACCACCUGAAGGCAUGGAAGAAACCAGCCCUAGCGUUCCUGUUUUUGUCGAAUGCGCUCCUCGCCCUCUACACUGGCUUAGUCCAUCAGCGAGGUGCUCUUGACGUCCUGACGUAUCUCCAAGAACUGUGUUACAACAAUCCCAACGGAUCUUCAGUAUUUGUCAUGAUGCCUUGCCACUCCACACCGUAUUAUAGCCAUGUCCACUGUCCACUCCCAAUGCGGUUCCUGCAGUGUCCCCCAAACCUGGCUGGGCAGAGCCACUACCUUGAUGAAGCAGAUACAUUUUACCUGAACCCCUCAACCUGGCUAGAUAAAGAGUUUCACAACGAUUCAGCGCUACCGACUCACUUGCUCAUCUUCAGCGUUUUGGAAGAGGAAAUAAAUACUUUCUUGAUUUCAAACAACUAUGAAAGAACUACUGUUUUCUUCCACACACACUUUCCAGAAGGUCGAACUGGAAGUCACAUAUUUGUCUAUGAACGGAAAUUAAAAGGGAAACUCGGAAGAUGAAAUCUGGAACUAUGUGUUUAGAUUGAAAUACUCAGAU